CGAUAAACAUCAAAGACAAAGGUUCCAUAAAAUGGCUCCUUCGGGUGAACUCGACUGGUGUUGGCUCUCUAGACGGGGUGGAUGCCUAUUUAUGGGUAGAUGUUUCUCCUGGUAGUUUGAGAAGGGUACGGCCAAGGAUGAUGUCUGAGCUAUGCUGUUGUACUGGUCUAUCGAUCUCCCGGUCUGAGAGGCAAUGGUUCAAUGGAGAUGUCAAGCGUUUUCCCGGAAUCCAUAUACUUAAGGAUGGCGACAGAAUCUCAGUAAUAGAAACCUGGAAGCCUGCAUCACCGGAACCUGUUUAGUGAUGAGGUUGGGAGUAGAGACUCUGCCGGAUGUAGAAUGUUUCCCCGGCUGCCCACUGUGUACAGGUUCCUAUGUAUAUUGGUGGUUCUAAGUGUAAUAUUGUACACAUUUCUGGUGCAGAGGGCCACAAAAACGGCUGUUUCGUCAUUUAAACCUUCGUGGCAAGAAUUAAUCGUCAGUAAUUCCAAAAUCGACAAUGUAGAACUCAUCCCGCGAAAACCGGAAGCUUCAACAUUCAAUCGUCCUCACGUGCAGAAAAAGCAGACGACAGAUUGGGUUGUUGUUAACACUACACCAGCGAAGACCAAUGACGAUGGGGUUGUGAACCCACACAGAUUUACAUAUUUAUUAAAUCCGGACGGGAUAUGUAAAGACAAUGUAUACCUUAUUAUAUACGUGCAUACUGCUCCGCCGAAUUUUCACAAACGUCAAAUGCUUCGACAGACCUGGGGCCAAAAAGCUAUCUUGAAUCAAUACCGAUCCAAAAUGGUGUUUGUUAUGGGAGCAGUAGCGGAUAACCGCGUAAUGGAGAAAGUGAAAAUGGAGCAUGCGCAUUACGGAGACAUUGUGCAGGAAGAUUUCGUGGAUUCCUACCGGAACUUGACACACAAGGGCAUUGCAGCACUGAACUGGGUUUCUAGCUACUGCUAUAAUGCCACAUAUGCCCUUAAGACAGACGACGACAUUAUGGUUAAUAUAUUCAAAUUAGUGUCCAAACUGACCUCUGACAUUGAGAAUCGUCUUGGCAAAACAGAUUUGAUACUGUGUAACCAAUGGUUACGCAUGAAGGUUCUUCGAGACAAGAAAAGCAAAUGGUACAUUCCAAAGGAGGAUUUUGAGCCCAAUUAUUUCCCGGCAUAUUGUUCUGGAUCAGCAUUUAUUCUAAGCAUUGACGUUAUUAGGCGAAUGUCGGCUGUUGCGAAAUACGUGCCAUUUUUCUGGGUAGAUGAUUAUUACAUCACAGGCAUGCUAGCGAAAAAAGUAGGUGUGACUCAAAAACGUCUUAACGAGGCUUACAUUCUAAACGGCAAAGUUGUAGUGGACAGAUUUAAAAAUGACACAGAUAAUAAAUUAUUAUUUUUCCACGUGGGGAAACAAAACACUAUUUAUUCCAUGUGGGAUAUACUGAAAGAAAGAAUGCGAGUAAAGACCGAUAACUUUACAUGGAAACCUGGUAGCUAAAGACUGUUUUAUCAUAGUGCAUUAUUAGAAGAUUUCAUUCCGUCAUUACAUUUUGCUAAUCAAAUUUAAUUUUUAAAUAGUACAGAAAUGUGUUUGUUGUUAU